GUUGGCCCUGGCCGUGCACCCCGACAAGUGCGCGCACCCAGAGGCCAAGGAGGCUUUCCAGAAGCUGAGCGAAGCUUUUGAGGUCCUGUGCACAGAGGCCGGGCAACGGCAAGCACUGGCAGAGAAAGGCCAGCGCACAGGAAAGCGACGGCGCUCAACUCAGGAUGCGAAGGAAUCCAAGGCGCCCUGGUGGGACACCACCUGGGAGGAGUUCGAGAAGCGCUUCCGCCAGCGCGACGCCAACGAGGCUGCACGACAGGCGGAGUUCGAAGGCGGCAUGAAGGCUCAGCAGUCGCUUCGACAAAUGAAGGAACAGAUCCUGGAAGCUGAGCGCUCCGUGGAGCACUUGGACCGCAGCAAGAAGCGGGGCCCGAACGCCCUUUGGCCCCGGCGCUCCGGUGAGCGGCCGGAGCUUUCAGAGCCAGGCGCCGCGCGCUUGCGGCUCACGGAGCUCCUGGGAUACCUCCGGCGGAGCCACUGUUACUGCCUCUACUGCGGCUGCGUUUUCGAGUCCGUCAGCGAUCUGGCCCGCAACUGUCCGGGUGUGACGGAGAUGGAGCACGAAAGGACUGCUCCACGAGCGACGGAAAGCGGUGGCGGCAGUGAGGUGGCAGAGAGCACUGGCACGAUCAUGCAGCGUGAGCCAGAUCCACUCGAUGCCUUCAUGUCUGGGAUGGAAGCCCAGUUGAGUCAGGAUAUGCAGAAGAGCAUGAAAGCCACGAAGCACCGGCACAUGCCGCAGAAGGGCUGGUCUUUCCAACAGCAGGCACAGCAGAACAAGAAUGAGUUAAAGCGCUUGAAGCGAGGGCGGUAG